CCCACACAUACACAUACGGAAUAGUUGCUCCGAACGAAUCGUUCUCGUUCAUGAUGUACGGAACGAGAAAAUCGAACCGACAUGCAGUAAGGUGAAAUGUUAGUCUUGCUUUGAGUUUUAAAAUAUUGAUUCGUGAUGUGAAAAAGAAGACGGUGGCCCUCCCCGUGAACUUGUUUCAAUCAGACAAAUUUUUCAUUAUUUUUUGGAAAAUUUUUUUCAAAAUUCAAAGACUUUUGAGAAAAAAAAGAAAAAGAAAAAGUGUAGUGUGUGGUCAAUAAGAACAUUGUGCAAAAUAACCUAGAGCAAAUAUAGUUCCGAUUUUAUAUUAUAUACGUGUGUGUAUAUAUAAAAAUAUAUAUAUAUAUACGUAUAUAUAUAUAUAUUGGGUUUGGUUAUAUGGAAAAUGUCAAAAUCUCUAUCUACUAUCAAGGUCGGAAACAUCAGUCUCGCCGGGGAUAUUAAAACUCAUUAUUUUUCAACUAUAUAUCUAUAUAGAUAGAUAUAUAUAUGUAUAUAUAUAUAUAAAGCAUGUGCACUUUGAUCAUGAAAAGUCUUCGAUCGUACCGAGCGAUUAAUUUCGCGAACCAUUCGUCGUCGUGAUGUACGCAUGUUCCCGUUGAUGUCGUCUCUCUGUGCAUGUCUCGCUCCUCAUCGUACACGGGCAGAAAUGGUGCAUCAAUUUUCAUUGUAUAAAUAUGUUGUUGGAAUUGAAUAUUACGCCUCAAUUUCACAUUAUUCUCAUGAAAAAAAAGAAAAGAGAAAUAAUCGAGACGAGUUUUGAUCAUCACGUACUUUUCUGAUCAAGAUGAAAUACUUCGAAUUGGCAAAGGGAGUAAUGAAGACAAAACGUCAUCCAUUCGUUACUCAUAUUUGGCGUUUCCAAGCAAUGAUCUGGAACAUUUAGAAGAAGAUUUUUGGCUUUUGUAAGUGUUCAACUUGCAUUAGCUUGAAAUUAAUCCAAUAUGGACUCACCGCCUUCGUGUUCUCUAAGCAUGACUGGACCUCUCAGCGACAUUGGAAGCAGUGGACUUGGAGGUUCAAUAUCAAGUGAUUCCGUACGAGCGCAUUUAGCAAUCGAGAUGCAAGAAAGCGACAUGGAAAGUAAAUCCCUAUCCCAGGAUUCAUUUGACUAUUCCGAUGGGAUGUGUGGUGAAAAUUUUAAUACAUUAAAAAAAGGUCCAGGUUGGAAUGAUUUGGAUGGUAAAUUAGAAGUUGAAGUUGAAGUUGUCGAUGUGGCAAUAAAGCCACCACCUGAAUUUCAAGAUAGUCCAUCGCCGCCCGAUUCAUCGUCACUUGGUCCAAUUCUCUGUUACAAUCAUUUGACAACUGAUCAUUGGCUUGAGGAAUUUGCCGAGAAUUUAGUGCGAUUAAUUGUUGAGGAGGCAUUGGCAAUAUCGUGUCGUAUUUCAUGGCCUGAGGGUAGAAUUUCAGCAGUUUGUACAAACAGUAAUAUGCGAAAUUCACGACGUGCAUGGACAACGGAUUAUUUUACAUCAUCAACAUCAUGUCAAAGUGGAGCAACAAUUACAAUAACACCAUUUAGUACACUACAUCGGCCAAAUUCACGUAGUUCAUUGGCAUCGUCACGUUUAAGUAGUUCGCAUAAUUCAAUAAAUACAUCGGGUUUAGGACAUAAAGCAGAUGACAGUAGUUUCAUAACAUCGGCAAUGUCACACGAUGUAUUGACAACAAGUGAAAUUAGCGAUAUGUACAAUGUGCCCUUUGAUUCGGACAUUUAUACAGUGCCAAUUGAUGUUGUACGACCAUUACAUGAAUUAAGAACACCACAACGACCUAAACGUCACAAGCAUCAUCGUAAAAGACGAAGAAAUGUUUCGGCAAGCUCACAAAGUGAAUUGGAAGCACAUAUACAACAGGCGAGACAUUAUUGUGGCAAGCCAAGGGCAAUUACCCACGUUAUUAAGUCUCAGAGGCUACUCGCUGAGGUAUGUUGCAACGAAACAGGAAAUGGAAAACGUCACAGUGUCCCGGGUACAUCGGGCCGACAUAGUUCACGUUCCUCGAACAAUAGUCACACGCGUAAUAUUGGCGAACCAAUACAUAUGACAUUACAUGAGGUGCGACAAUAUUUACAAACAUUAUAUUCAAGUUCUAGUGAUUCUAGUGAAAAUAAAAUAAAACGCGAUAAAAUAACCACUGGUCAAUCAUCGUUACAUCUUGCUAUGCCCAAAGUUCUUAAUAUUAAUAAUAACAAUAGAUAUAGUAAUCCACAUACAGAUUCAUCGACAGAUACGCCAAUUUCAAAUAAAUGCAGUAGCAAUGGACUGAUGAUGUUGCACAAUAAUAAUAAUAAUAAUGGGAACAUUAAAAAGCAUAAGAAAAGUACACUUGUCAAUAUAAGGCAUAAAAAGUCAAAAGACGAACAACAUCAUAAUAAAGAAAAAACAGAAAUUGAACGUGAUAAAAUAAAGAAAAGUCAACGUAAUUUUUCAUUAAAUCUUAAACAGACAUUGUGUAAUAUUUUUAGGUUUAGACGACUUGGUUCACCUGAACAUUAUGUGAAUAAAAGAAAUAGCAUUGUUCAAGGUGAUAUUGUUGAGGAGGAUGAAGAUUUUGAUCAACAUGCUAAUAAUAAUAAUACCACCACCACCACCACUAACACGACGACAAAUACAACUAAUACAAGUAGCAAUAACGAUGUUGACCCGUCCGCUCAGAAAUUGCCUUUUUUCAAACGCGCUUUACCCCCAUUACCAAAGACAAAUGGUCACAUCGAAUCGGAAUCACAUAAUACUAAAGAAACACCAUUGGCACCACCGCCACCACCACCAAUUUUAUUGGCAAAAUGUGAAUCACCCUCUUCAAUUCUGCCUAUAAUACAAUCGUCGCGAGACGAUGAGGAACCUGCCGAGGAUACUAGCAUGGAUUUUGCUGCGAGUAUAGAGAAAGUUAAAGAUUACGGAUGGUACUGGGGUCCUAUUAGUGGUGAGGCUGCGGAAAAAAUAUUAUCUAACGAGCCGGAUGGAUCAUUCAUUGUAAGAGAUAGCAGUGAUGAUCAUUACAUUUUCUCCCUGUCAUUUAGACUGAACAGUUGUGUAAGACACGUGAGGAUAGAACAUGAUCAGGGUAAUUUUAGUUUUGGAAGUUGCACAAAAUUCAAAUCGCACACAAUUGUUGAUUUCAUUGAAAAUGCUGUGGAACAUUCAAGGAGUGGACGUUAUUUAUUUUUUUUACAUCGUCGGCCAGUUUUAGGUCCAAUGCGAGUACAAUUACUACAUCCAGUAUCAAGAUUUAAACAAGUACAGAGCUUACAGCAUACAUGUAGAUUUGUCAUUUUAAAAUUGGUUCGAAAAGAUCUCAUUUCAACGUUACCUCUGCCACGGCGUCUUAUUGAUUAUUUAAAUACACCACAUUAUUAUAGUGAACAAUUGGCUGAACAAGAGGAACGUGUUGAAUCGCCAGUUAGUUCGUCAACGGGCGAAUUAGAAAAGAUUUGUUUCACACCGCAAGGCCUAUCGUGAGGUAUAUAAAAUACGUAAACAAAAAAAAAAUCCCGCACAUUAAACUCCGAACGCGACGUGUAUAAUAAUAUAAUAUAUAUGAAAAAAAAUCUAUAUUAAAAAAAAAAAGGAAACGAUUACUGAAAAUAAUAAACAACCCCUUUACGGUGACCUUUUGUGAGGAAACAAAAAUUGUUACGACGCUUGAAAUUUCGUUUGGAAUUUUUUUUUCAACGUCGCUAAAUAUAAAUCAGCAGAAAUUGUUGAGUUUUUUUUUUUGUUAGUUAAGAAUUUAUAUUUUGAGUAUUGUUGAAAAUGAUCACGGAUGCAAGAACGACUUGAGUUAACUUAAAAAAGUUUUCUCUCUAAUAGGUAAUUGAUUCGUGUUCCUAUAUGAUCGUUUUCAUAUUUUAUUUAUUGGUGCAAUAUCGUAGGUAUUAAAAAAAAAUCGUAAAAAGUCGUUCUUGCAAAGAAUGUUAAAAAAUUGUUUGAAAAAAAAGUUGUAACAACUCGCGCCCUUUUCUUUCGCGUAUUUUUUUUUUUUUUUUAUUAUUUUUUUAAAUCGAUUAUAUUUUUCUUUUUCAAUGACUUCCCCCUGAUCUUUGUAUACGCUACUUUAGAAUGUAAGAUAUAUAAAUGAGAAAAAAAAAAUAAUAAUUUGAGUAAAACUAUAAAAGUAGCAUUCAUAGAAAGUACGCUGAAAAAAAAAUGUUUUUCCAGCCUAUUCGUGACUACGCGGGACAUAUAUAAAAAAACCGUCAUUUAGAUAAACGUCAUUAAAAAAAAAAAUACAUCAUAAGAAUUAUACACAUUUUAUACUCAAUUCCUUUUUGGAAAAUGUAUACGGUUAUUUGUAUAUACCUUUAGCCUAACAUGAAAAAAAAAAAUGAAAAGUUGAUUUUCCAUUUUUUCAAACUUCUCCAAACAACGCCACCAAUAAUAAUUAUAAUAAUAAUAAUAAUGAUAAUAUGCGAAGGGCACACAUACACACAAACACGUGAUAUGCAAAAACGACUUGCGCGGGCAUUGUGAUUUUAUUUAAUAAAUAAAAUUCCGUCUAUAUAUUUAA